GAUUGAAUCAACUAGGAUUCUGCGUACAUUGCAAUUCCCUUUAGCAGCAAGCGGGGAAAAUACCCUUAAAUAAAAAUGUCGCUAAUUUACCGGUAGAAGAAUCUUUACCUGUCACUGCAGAUUCAACCCCUUCAAAUCAACAAUAAAUACACGUUAUUCCAGCAUUUCUGAGGCAACAAAAGAAGCCAAAAAAUCUGAACUCGACUACUUGAGAGGGGGAGAGAGAGAAACAAAGAGAGCCAUCAAAAUAUGAAGAUUCUGAUUUUGAAGUUUCUUCAUGUUGUGCUGCUGCUAAUUUUGCAUGGCCAAUCCACGGCAGCAGAAAAGAAAACCCAACAUCACUCAAAAAAGACGUAUAUAAUUCACAUGGACAAGUCCAUCAUGCCAGCAAGUUUCAGCAAUCAUCUCCAUUGGUAUGACUCGUCCCUCAAAUCUGUAUCAGACUCCGCAGAGAUGCUCUACACCUACCAACAUGUAGCUCACGGCUUCGCCGCCAUCCUAACUGCUCAAGAAGCCGACUUACUUGCGAAGCAACCAGGAAUCCUCUCCGUCAUACCUGAAAUCAGAUACGAGCUUCACACAACUCGAACACCGCAAUUCCUUGGAUUGGGAACAACCAAUGCUCACUUCCCUGCCUCUGACAAACAGAGUGACGUAAUUAUUGGAAUACUGGACACGGGUGUAUGGCCUGAGCAUAAAAGCUUCGACGACACCGGUUUGGGGCCGGUACCUGCUAGCUGGAAAGGCCAGUGUGAGGCUGGAAAGAACUUCACUGCAUCAAAAUGUAACCGAAAACUUGUUGGCGCAAGGUUUUUCUCCAACGGCUACGAAGCCGCUUUUGGACCCAUCGAUGAAGCCUCAGAAUCGAAGUCACCAAGAGAUGAUGAUGGCCACGGAACUCAUACCGCAACUACAGCAGGUGGGUCGGCUGUCGCAGGAGCUAGCCUCUUCGGUUUUGCUUCAGGGACAGCAAGAGGGAUGGCCCCACAAGCUCGAGUGGCCGCUUACAAGGUGUGCUGGCAAGGAGGUUGCUUCUCAUCGGACAUAGCUGCUGGAAUUGACAAGGCCAUCGAAGAUGGGGUGAAUAUCCUAUCCAUGUCAAUUGGAGGAGGCUUAACGAACUAUUACAGAGAUAUCAUUGCAAUCGGAGCGUUCUCUGCCAUGUCACGCGGAAUUCUAGUAUCCACUUCCGCCGGAAAUGCAGGGCCUGCUCCGGGAAGCUUGUCGAAUGCAGCGCCGUGGAUAACCACUGUGGGAGCUGGCACUCUAGACCGCAAUUUCCCGGCCUAUGUCACACUUGGAGACGGCUAUAGAUACAAUGGGGUGUCUCUUUACAGCGGCAAACCAUUACCUGAUUCUCCAGUUCCACUCGUUUAUGCUGGUAACGCAAGCUCCGAAUCCGGCGAGAAUCACUGUCAGAUGGGUAGUUUAAGUCGCAGUAAAGUUGCGAGAAAAAUCGUGAUAUGCGAUCGAGGAGGGAGUCCCAGGGCGGAGAAGGGAUUGGCCGUAAAAUAUGCUGGAGGCAUCGGAAUGAUUUUAGCAAACAACGCAGAGUUCGGGGAAGAGUUACUAGCUGACUCGCACCUCAUUCCUGCAUUAUCUUUAGGCCAGAAAUCUAGCGACGCCGUUAAGAAGUACGUCUUUUCCAAUCCCACUCCGACGGUGAAAAUUAGUUUCGGAGGCACCCAAUUAGGAGUCGAACCGUCGCCGGUGGUGGCAGCAUUCAGCUCCAGAGGUCCCAAUUUGCUUGCUCCAAAAAUCCUGAAACCAGAUUUGAUAGCUCCGGGAGUGAACAUUCUCGCAGGGUGGACCGGUGCAGUUGGACCAACCGGAUUAGACAUGGACGCAAGGCGUGUUGACUUCAAUAUCAUUUCUGGCACAUCCAUGUCCUGUCCUCAUAUCAGUGGAUUGGCUGCCAUAUUAAAGGGAGCUCACCCUGAAUGGAGUCCCGCGGCUAUAAGAUCUUCCCUCAUGACAACAGCUUACAGAGCAUACAAAAAUGGACAGACCAUACAAGAUGUUGCUACAGGCCAGGCAGCUUCACCUUUUGACUAUGGUGCUGGACACGUCGACCCUGUGGCUGCCCUGAAUCCUGGCCUCGUCUAUGAUGCUACCGUUGAUGACUACCUCGGCUUCUUAUGCGCCUUGAACUAUAGUUCGACUCAAAUAAAGCUUGUCACAAGAAGAGAAUUUACCUGCGACUCAAGCAAGCAUCACAGGGUUGAAGAUUUCAACUACCCAUCUUUUGCAGUGCCUCUGGAAACGGCUUCUGGCAUCGGGGGCGGAUCCAAAGCACCAACCAGUGUCCAAUACAAGAGGACUUUAACUAACGUGGGGACUCCAGGAACGUAUAAAGUUUCGGUGUCGUCGCAAUCUCUGUCAAUGAAGAUUGUAGUUGAACCGCAAACGCUUAAUUUUGAGCGACUGUACGAGAAGCAAAGCUUUACGGUAACGUUCACCUCUGCCUCGAUGCCGUCGGGUACGACUAGCUUUGCUCAUCUGGAGUGGUCAGAUGGAAGUCAUAUUGUUGGUAGUCCGAUUGCUUUUAGUUGGACAUGAACAUAAUACAUGAAAAUUGGAAGGCUCUAGCUCCUGGUCUCAGGAACACAUGUCCUGCGACAAUGAAAAUACAGGGCUUCCUGUUCCGGUCCAUGGCCCUCAGAGCAAUUGUAUUGUAUCCUAUAAAUUAUCAAGAAAACUAGUCAUAUCAUUAUAUGUAACUCAAUAAAGAAAAACAGGAUGAAGAAGAAAACAAGUUACAAUAAUUGGGUUCAAAA